AUGAAGAUUGAACAACUGGGUGAACCGAUCGAUAGUAGUGUUGAUACCAAUUGGAGUAAUAACAGUGAUGAUGAUCAAGAAAGAAGGCUGAUCGCAGUUCGGGUGGAUGCCAAAAGAGUUCUAGUCGGAGCAGGGGCACGGAUCUUGUUUUACCCGACCCUUUUGUAUAACGUCUUUCGCAAUAAGAUCCAAACUGAGUUCAGAUGGUGGGAUCAGAUCGAUCAGUUUCUCUUGUUGGGAGCUGUUCCAUUUCCAAAGGACGUACCUCGGCUGAAGCAGCUUGGAGUUGGAGGUGUGAUUACUCUUAAUGAGCCCUAUGAAACUUUGGUAUCGACAUCUUUGUACCAUGCUCAUGAGAUAGACCAUCUAGUAAUUCCGACUAGGGAUUAUCUCUUUGCUCCUUCAUUUGCGGAUAUCAACCGAGCGGUAGAUUUUAUCCACGAGAAUUCUUGUGGUGGUCGAACAACAUAUGUCCACUGUAAAGCAGGGAGGGGACGGAGCACAACCGUUGUGCUCUGCUAUCUGGUUGAAUACAAGAAUAUGAGCCCUGUUGCUGCGUUUGAAUAUGUUCGCUCUAGAAGACCGAGGAUCCUGUUAGCUCCUUCCCAAUGGAAGGCAGUACAAGAAUAUAAGCAGCAGCGGAUGUUGUCUCGUUUAAUCUGUUCCUCAGGAGAUGCUGUAAUUAUUACAAAAGCUGAUCUGGAAGGGUAUCUUAACCCUUGUAACGAUGAUUCUGGUAAGGCGCUUGCAAUUGUGCCCAGAAUGCCAAAGACUAUCCCCAUGAUGGCUAGGUUGUCCUGCCUCUUUGCAUCUCUAAAAGCUUCGGGUGGUUGUGCAUCUGUCACAAGGCAGAUGACAGAAGCACGCGCUUGCUAA